AUGGCUACACCCACAGUUCUCUCUUUCGAUGCUGAGGGCCGUCCGCUCCAGUUUGAUGCUUGGCUUGACGAUCUCCACCUUUUCCUCCAGAUCACCGCUAAGGAUGACGUCUCGCUGUAUGACCACGCGUCCGGAACCGCUCUCGCACCUGCUGACACUGCUGACAGUACAGCUCGCUCCCAGUGGCAGACUCGUGACGCCCACGCUCGCCUAGCCAUUCGCAGCCACCUGCCGUUAGAUGAGCGCGCGCACUUUGGCCAGCACAAGACUGCUAAGGAGCUGUACGAUGCAGUAGUCGCCCGCUACUCCUCACCUGCCUCCGCUACGAUAGGCCGUCUCUCUCUGCCCUAUCUUUUCCCCGAUCUCGCCGCCUUUCCCACAGUCGCUGACCUCAUUACACACCUCCGCACCAGUGACACUCGCUUCCGAGCCGCCCUCCCUGCUGAGUUUCUCGCCAAGAACCCCCCACCGAUGUACCUCGUUCUCUACCACCUAGUCACCCGUCUCCCUGACUCUCUUCGCGCAGUCAGGGACCACUUUCUCGCCCUCUGCCCUACCGAGCUCACCAUUGACCUGCUCGAGAAGCAUCUGCUUGCAGCUGAGGCUAGUAUAGUUGCUGUAGGUGCCUCUCGUGGCGACCCCCGCACGCCCUUCUUCGACGGGUGUUCCCCUUCCCCCCUUCUCCCCUCGGUUGCCUCUGCUGCCGCUGUCGACUUCCUCGGUGCUGAGGACGUCGGGGCUGCGUCUGCUCCUAGCUGGAGGCGCAAGAGCGGCAAGGGCAAGGGGGGCAAGGGUGGCGGCGGUACCAGUGGGGGAGGUGGGGGUGGCGGUGGAGGUGGAGGCGGUGGGGGGGUGGCGGUGGUGGGGGUGGUGGCGGGGCUGGGGGGGUCAGUGGCAGCGGCGGAGGUGGCAGCGGCGGGGGUGGCAGCGGCGGGGGUGGUGGCGGCAGUGGUGGUGGGGGAGGCCGGGGUGGAGGUGUGGUGGUGGCGGCAGUGGGCGUGGUGGCGGCGGCUCGGGUGGUGGUCGGGGUGGACCAGCGCAGCGUGGAGGCUCGGGUGGUGCCCAGCGCCAGCAGCAGCGUCUUGGAGAGACCCCGUCGUCCCAGCAGCUUCGUGA